AUGGGGCAGGAGGGACUAGACCUGGUGAAUUUGGACCUGGAGGAGGUGCGGGAACAGGAUUUGGACCUGGUGGAUUCGCACCUGGAGGAGGUGCAGGAACAGGAUUUGGACCUGGUGGAGGUGCGGGAACAGGAUUUGGACCUGGAGGAGGUGCGGGAACAGGAUUUGGACCUGGUGGAUUUGGGCCAGGAUAUGGCACUGGACAGAAACCAUACAAAUAUACUCCAGGUGCAGGGACAGGGGGAGACCUAG